UAAUACAUAAGACAUAGAAUCACAAGGCCACAGCCCAAGGCCAAUAAAAAUCGAAACAGCAAAAAUGAGUUCCACACAAAACCAGUGUGGUAAACCCCCCAUUAGUAAAGAAGAUGAUGAUCCAUGUCUCUAUGCCUUGCUACAGUCUAGCUCCCACGUAUUUUCCAUGGUACUAAACGCCGCCAUUGAGCUCAACCUGUUCGAGAUCAUUGCUAAGGCAAGCCCGGAUGCUUUCUUGUCACCCUCCGAGAUUGCUUCUAAACUUCCCACACAAAACCCUGAUGCACCAUAUAUGCUCGAUCGCAUGCUGCGUUUACUUGCUAGCUACUCACUUCUUACUUGCUCUAUGCGCACCUGCGAAGAUGGAAGGGUUGAGAGACUCUAUGGAGUCUCACCGGCUGGCAAAUUCUAUGUUCAGAAUGAAGAUGGAGGAUCUGUGGAUUCAAUCUCAGCUUUUGCUUUACACCGGGCCACGGUAGAGGUUUUGCUAAAUUUUAAGACUGCCAUUCUUGAAGGAGGUAAUCUAUUUGAAAAAGUCCAUGGGAAAUCCAUCUUCCAAUACAUGAAAGCUGAUGCAUCAUUGAACAACCUUUUUAACAAGGCAAUGGCUGAUCUCUCCGGAAUACACAUGAAAAAAAUUCUUGAGAAAUAUGAAGGAUUUGAGGGUGUAUCAUUGUUGGUUGAUGUUGCGGGUGGCACUGGAGCAAGCCUCAACAUGGUCAUUUCCAAGUACCCUUCCAUUAAAGGCAUUAACUUUGAUUUGCCUCAAGUGAUUCAACAUGCACCGUCUUAUCCAGGUAUUGAGCAUGUUGGAGGGGAUAUGUAUAUAAGUGUUCCAAAAGGUGACGUCAUUAUGAUAAAGGGUACAUGUCAUAAUUGGAAUGAUGAACAAUGCAUAAAACUUUUGAAGAACUGCAACAAAGCAGUGCCAAAAGAUGGAAAGGUGAUUAUCAUGGACUUUAUAUUGCCAGAGGAACCUGAGGCAAGUAAUGCUUCUAAGUAUGUCUCUAUGCUUGACAAUGCUAUGUUUAUUCAACCUGGAGGGAAGGAAAGAACUGAGAAAGAGUUUGAGGCCUUGGGCAAGGCUGCUGGAUUUUCAGGGUUUCAAGUUAUCUGUCGAGCCUUUACUGUCAUGGGAGUUAUGGAACUUUACAAAUAAAAGUCUCCAACUAUCUAGUUUCAGCUUUUCUUGUGUUCUAGUUUCAUUGCUAGUCAAACUGGACAAGUUAUGGCAAUUUAUAUUGAGCCUGUCAUUAAUUAUUUGCAUGUAUGCAAAUUUUUUAAUAAUGAUUUCAUUAAAAGCAUGAGUUUUAUAAAUUAAAUAACGAUUGAUCAAAUAUAUGGGAAGUUAAGAAGAUCUAGGAUUU